UUUCAUCUCUACAGAAUGGAUCAGAAUUUAUUUGGUGGGGCUCCACGCUUCCUAACUCGACCCAAAGCCUUCUCGUUGUGUGUGGGACGAGAUGCCUCCCUCAGCUGCACUAUUGUGGGAAACCCUGUUCCUGUAGUCACCUGGGAGAAAGACAAGAUGCUUCUUUCUGCAGGUGGACGCUUCAAGAAAGUAGAAGAUGGUGACGUUUACCGACUUACCAUCUACGAUCUAACUCUAGAAGACAGCGGGCAGUACAUGUGUCGUGCCAAGAACAAUGUUGGAGAGGCAUAUGCGGCUGUGACACUGAAGGUGGGACUGCCAGAAACUGUGAUUGAUCGCGCCCCAGUGUUUACAGUCAAGCCUGUCUCCACCCGUGUGGGUCUAGGGGGUGAUGUUACCUUCUAUUGUCGGGUGGCAGCCCAUCCGGCACCCAACUUUGACUGGGAAAAGGAUGGUCGCUACCUGGGUGAGACCAACCGCAUCAAGAUAAUCUCGGAAAAUGAUUCCAGCUCCUUGAGGAUCCAGAGUGUCAGGAGCUUGGACAGUGGUACCUACACCUGCCGUGCACAGAACUCCAUUGGCCGUGCUCAGGCCGCUGCUGCGCUAGCAGUCGACCUACAAGAUACACGUCUCCUGAAUGCAGACAAGAGCACAUCCCUCCUGUCACACAUGCAGAAGCGGAAAGAAGAAAUGCGGAAGGACAUCUCCUUAUACCGUACCAUGGAAAGUUCCUCAACCACGCUUUCAACUUCAUCUUCCUCGAUCACCGAGGAACUUGGAAGCUUGGGACUCGGCUAUGAUCAGGAGCAGAGGGUUUCGGCCUUAACCAGCAUGUUGCCCAAAGGUGUGUUCACUCGCACCUGUAUGGUGACCGAGGGUAAACAUGCAAAGCUUAGCUGUUUCGUCACAGGCCAUCCCAAACCUCAGAUCAUCUGGAGGAAGGAUGGGGCGAACAUCAGUGAGGGCCGCAGACAUGUGAUGUAUGAGGACCUUUCAGAGAAUUUCAUCCUCAAGGUGCUCUACUGCAAACAAAGUGAUAAUGGGCUUUACACCUGCAAUGCAUCCAACUUGGCUGGACAAACCUAUAGUGCUGUGCUAGUGAUCGUCAAAGAGCCAAAGAUCCCGUUCAAAAAGAAGCUGCAGGAUGUCGAGGUGAAGGAAAAGGAAACAGCAACUCUGCAGUGUGAGGUGCCAGUGCCGAACACAAAGGCCAGCUGGUUUAUGGAGGAGACCUGUCUGGAGGAAAAUACCAAGUACCGCAUGGAUGUGGAAGGGACCCUGCGCCGCCUCACUAUUCACAAUGUCACCACCAAUGAUGAUGCUGUCUACAUCUGUGAGAUGAAGGAAGGCAGCCGCACUGUGGCCGAACUUACAGUGCUGGGCAACAUCACUAAAAAGCUGCCGAGGAGGACAGUAGUGCCAGUUAGCGAUACCGUAAUCUUCUGUGUGGAACUGGAGAAACCAGUAGAUGAUGCAUACUGGACCAGGAAUGGGGAGAGGCUGAAAGAGGACUCCCGAAUUAUUAUCGCCCGCAUUAACAGACAGUACACACUGACCAUUCGCGAAUGUACUGCAGAGGACUCGGGUGAAGUAGCUUUCAUCGCCCAUGACUGCAAGACAUCCACCCGCUUCUCCGUCACAGCACCGAGGAAACAUCCCCCAGGUCCCCCACUUGAGCCAGUGGUGCGAAACAAGACAGAUUCAUCAAUCACACUGUGCUGGUCUCCACCAGACAGUGAACGGCCUGUGCCCAUCACCGGCUACAUCGUUGAGCGCAGGAAGGUGGGAGCCCAAACCUGGGUUAAAGUCACUAGUACGUCUGUGUCUAGCACUGAAUACACCAUCAGUGAAAUUUCAGAAGAAGCAAGCUAUCAGUUCCGCAUCUCAGCGGUCAAUGAUUUUGGUCAGAGUGCCUACUUGGAGGUUCCUGGAACAUUUUACCUUGAGCCCACAGCAUCAGUGAAGACAGGCCUGGUGAACUGCAGUGCACAUGUAGGUGAAGAAGCAACCUUCACUGUUGAGCUCUCAGCCGUAUGUUCCGGCUCCUGGACCAUAAAUGACAGAAUGAUCCGCAGUGGAUCUGAGUAUCUGAUCACACGCUCAAAGACCACACACACGCUGGUCAUCAGGGAGGUAUCCAUGGAACUAAAUGGAGCACAGGUCAAGUUUGUCGGUGGUGGAUCUCAGAGUGUUUCCACGCUUAGUGUGAAAGCCGCACCCGCACGUUUCACCAAUAAGUCUUCUCAGGUGGAAGUGUUUACUUUCAGCAUGCACUCCUCUGCUCAGAUGUACACAGAAGUGUCCGAUUCAAGCAUCCAGGUUGUCUGGAUGAAGAAUGGGAAGGAGCUGAGGAUGGGUAAAAAAUAUGAAGCCACAAGUGUGGAGCGUAAACGCACACUGACAGUCCACAACGUUGACCGUGAGGACAUGGGCAUCUAUGAAUGCAUGUGUGAUGGCGAUAAAAUGUCUGUCCAGCUUGCCCUUAAAGAAGAACCAGCCAAGUUUGUUAACAAGCCGAGGGCUCAGCCCCAAGAGAGUGAUGCUCUGGUGGGUGACGUGGUGUUGAGCUGUGAGGUUGCAUCUCCUGGAACUGCUGUUGUGUGGAAGAAAGAGCAGACAGAAAUAAUGGAGGACAAGAGGACAACUUUUAUAUCCCAAGGGACACAAAGGAAGCUGGUCAUCAGGGGUGCCAAGCAGAGCGAUGAAGGACACUACUCAUGUGAGACGGCAGAGGACAAAAUGACAUUCCUGGUCAAGAUAAAAGAAACUCGUGCUGCUUUCUCCAACAAAGACUCUUAUCAGAAGGAGGUGAAGGUUUCAACCUCCCAAAAGGCCACACUGAGCUGUGAAGUUUCUGAUGCCAAAACUGAAGUGAAAUGGUUCAAGGAUGGCAAGCAGUUGAUUUCUAGUAAGACUGUCCACAUGGAGUCGAAGGGCAAGAGCUGUCAGCUCGUGCUGGAUAAUGUGGAGAAGGAGGAUGGUGGAGAAUAUACCUGUGAAGCUGGAAAUGAAAACCUGGUCUUUAAGAUUCGGGUGGAAGACAUACAAACCGCCUUCUCCAACAAAGACUCCUAUCAGAAGGAAGUCAAAGUAGCUGCUUCCCAAAAAGCCACGCUGAGCUGUGAGGUUUCUGACCUCAAGACUGAGGUGAAAUGGUUCAAGGAUGGUAAGCAGUUCAGCUCCAGUAAGACUGUCCACAUGGAGUCAAAAGGCAAAAGCCGUCAGCUGCUGCUGGAGAACAUUCAAAAGAAGGAUGCUGGAGAAUAUACCUGUGAAGCUGGAAAUGAAAAGCUUGUCUUUAAGAUUUGUGUGGAAGACAUUCAAGCUGCCUUUUCCAACAAGGACACCUAUCAGAAGGAAGUGAAGGUUUCAGCCUCCCAGAAAGCCACGCUGAGCUGUGUAGUUUCUGACCUGAAGACUGAGGUGAAAUGGUUCAAGGAUGGCAAGCAGUUGAGCUCCAGUAAGACUGUCCACAUGGAGUCAAAGGGCAAGAGCCGCCAGCUUGUGCUGGAGAACGUGGAGAAGAAGGAUGCUGGAGAAUAUACCUGUGAAGCUGGAAAUGAAAAGCUUGCCUUUAAAAUUGAAGUGACAGAUAUUCAAGCUGCCUUCACCAACAAGGACACCUAUCAGAAGGAAGUCAAAGUAGCUGCUUCCCAAAAGGCCACACUGAGCUGUGAGGUUUCUGACUCCAAGACUGAGGUGAAAUGGUUCAAGGAUGGCAAGCAGUUGAGCUCCAGUAAGACUGUCCACAUGGAGUCAAAGGGCAAGAUACGUCAGCUGCUGCUUGAGAAUGUGGAGAAAAAGGAUGCUGGAGAAUAUACCUGUGAAGUUGGAAAUGAAAAGCUGCCAUUUAAGAUUCAGGUUACAGAGCUCAAAGCUGCCUUCACCAACAAAGACUAUUAUCAGAAGGAAGUGAAGGUUUCAGCCUCCCACAAAGCCACACUGAGCUGUGAAGUUUCUGACCUGAAGACUGAGGUGAAAUGGUUCAAGGAUGGCAAGCAGUUGAGCUCCAGUAAGACUGUCCACAUGGAGUCAAAGGGCAAGAGCCGUCAGCUCGUGCUGGAGAACGUGGAGAAGAAGGAUGCUGGAGAAUAUACCUGUGAAGUUGGGAAUGAGAAACUUCUUUUUAAGAUUCAGGUGGAAGAUGUUUCUACCAAAUUCCAGAAGACAUCCCUAACAAAAGAAACUGUGAUGGUUGAGUCAACAGAAAAGGUUGUGUUAAAAACCGAGGUGAUGUCAGAGAAUUGUAGUGUUAAGUGGUUCAGGGAUGGAAUAGAACUGAAAGACGGAUCAAAGUAUGAGAUGAAACAGGAAGGUUGCUCACGUGUCCUCAUCGUUAAGUCCUCUGAAUCUAAAGACAGCGGCACCUACUUUUGUCAGACGGCUGAUGACAAGGUUGAGUUCAAGGUUCAGGUCAAAGAUGCACCUUUAAAGUUUGUGGUGCCAUUGCAGCCAGUGUCUGCAGUACUGGAAAGCACAGUGACACUUUCCUGCAGUCUCAACAAAGCCACGAGUAGUGUGCUCUGGAAGCAUAAUGGCAAAGAAAUCAAAUCAGGUGGUAGAUUCAGUAUCCACACCGAUGGCACCAACUGCAUCUUGACUGUGUCCGCUGUGGCACAGGAGGACGAAGGGGAGUACAGCUGUGAAUGCAAAGAUGACAAGACCUCCUCCAAAGUCACUACUAAAGCCCCACGUCUGGUGAGGUUCACUACCAAGCUGAACAAUGUUGUUGCAAAUGAAGGCAAAGAUGCCAUCUUUAAAUGCUCCAUCACACCAGCCGAUGUAAGUGUCAGAUGGCUGCGUAAUGACAUUCCUAUUACAGCUAGUCCCAAAUUUAAGAUCGCUCAUGGGGGAAGCAGCCAUUCCCUCAUCAUCACAGCUGUCACUCAGGAGGAUGCAGGAGAGAUCAGUAUCGAUGCCGAGGGGAAACUGUGCAAAGCCACACUCCAAGUACAACAACUUCCUGUCACCUUCAAGAAGAAGCUUGCAGAUAUGACUGUUACUGAGCAGGACACAGUUCAUUUGGAAGUGGAGCUGAGUAAACCCUCAAAAGAUGUGAAGUGGAUGAAGAAUGGUGUGAUACUACAGCAAGGAGAAAAUAUAGAGAUGUCUGUGGAUGGUGCCAAGCAGGCUCUGGUCCUCAAGAGUGUGGUGUAUGCUGACAGAGGAUAUUACUCAUGUGAAACCCUAGAUGACAAGACCCAGGCCAAACUGACAGUAGAGAUUAAAAAGAUUCAAAUAGUAAAAGGCCUAAAAGAUAUGAAAGUGCAAGAAAAAGAGACCAUCACUAUGGAGGUGGAGCUCAGCAAGGCUGAUGUAGAAGGUUCCUGGAGCAAAGAUGCAAAGAAACUAAAGGCAGGACCAAAUAUCAUCAUUACAGCACAGGGCAACAAGCACUGCUUGACUAUGUCCCAGCUGAAGAUAAGUGAUGGUGGAACUAUUACUUUCCAAGCUGAGGAUGUCUAUACCUCUGGCAAACUAAUUGUUACAGAACCUGCUGCAAAGAUCCUCAAACCUCUACGGGAUAUCAGUUCUCCUGAAAAGGAGAAAGUCACCUUUGAAUGUGAGGUGUCAAGAACAAAUGCUGAUGUCAAGUGGUUUAAGGAUGAUGAGGAAUUGAAGCCAGGAAAGAAAUUUGGCAUCCAUUCCCAGGCCAACAAGCGCACCCUGAUCAUCCAUAAGUGUGCAUAUGAAGACCAGGGCCAGUAUAUAUGUAGAACAACAGAUGACAAUACUACGGCAAAGUUCACUGUUCAUGCCAGAGAUAUUAAAAUAGUCAAGCCGCUGCAGGACGUGGAGGUGACAGAGAAGGAGAGUGCAACAUUUGAUUGUGAGGUCUCUCACGAUGAGGUCGAGGCUCAGUGGCACAAAGGAGAUGCCAAACUGAAAGCAGGAGACAACAUAAAGAUAAGACAGGAGGGAAGAACAUACGUUCUACUCUUCAAAUCUGUAAAGGCUGAGGAUGCAGGUGAAAUAAAGUUCACAGCUGAGAAGGCCUCUUCAGUCGCCAAACUGAAGGUUAAAGAACUGCCUGUCAGAUUUGUGAAGAAACUGAGAGACAAAAUCGCCAUGUACAAACACCGCGCAUACUUAGAAUGUCAAGUUUCACGGGCCAACGCUAAAGUCACAUGGUACAAGAACAAGUCAGAGAUCAAACCCAGCAAGAAGCAUGAGAUCACCUGUGAGGACAUCUACAGGAAGCUCACCAUCAUCGACGUGGACUCUGAUGAUGAGGAUACAUAUGUGUGUGACGCCAUUGAUGAUAAGACUUCAUGUCAGCUACUAGUAGAAGAGCAGGCUAUCAGCGUAGUACGGCAUCUGAGUUCUGUGGAAGUGACCGAGCCGUUUGCUGCCCACUUUGAGGUGGAAGUCAGCGUGGAGACAGUCAAGCCAGUGAAAUGGAUGCUAAAUGGGGAACAGCUGAAGGAGUGUGCAGAUAUAGAGAUGGAAAAAGAGGGAACCAUGCACCGACUCACUUUUAAGAAAACCAAGGCCUCCAUGUCAGGCCCAGUACAGUUCACUGCCGGAAAGAGCAAAUCAACAGCUGAGCUCAAAGUGAAAGAGCGUCCCAUUGAAGUCCUGGAGCCUCUUAAAGAUGUGUCAGCCAAGGAGAAGACUUCCACCACACUAUGUUGCAAGUUCUCUGCCACACCCAAAGAAGUACGGUGGUUUAAGGGUCAAACUGCUUUGGAAGCUUCCAGCAAAUACAGCAUGAAGCAAAAGGAUGCCAGUGUGCAGCUGAUCAUACAAGCUUUGAGUGCAGAGGACUCUGGAGAGUAUCGCUGUCAGGUCGGGGUCUGUGAGACCAAAGCUGUUCUCAAAGUAGAAGUGCGUAAAAUCCAGAUCACCAAACAUCUGACAGACGUGGAAGUUGAUGAAGAUGGUGAUGUGGUGUUCACCUGUGAGGUUAACUAUGCUGAUGAAGAGGUCCAGUGGAGUCUCAAUGACAAGCUGCUCUUCAACAAUGAGGUCAAUGCCAUCACCCAUGUGGAUAAGACCCAUACGCUCACCCUCAAGAACCUAGCACCUGAGGAUGGUGGGAAGGUCUCAUUCAGCAUCAGGGAUGUGAAAGAAACAGUCUGCCUAAAGGUCAAAGAGAAGAAAGCCAUCUUCUUGAAGUUGCUGGAUGAUGUAGUUGCAGAGGAGAAGGGUACAGUUACCCUUAAGUGUGAAGCCUCAAAGCCCAGAGUGGCCCCUGUGUGGCGCAAAGAUGGAACAGUCCUGUCAACAGGGGAAAAGUAUGAGCUCCUCCAUGAUGGUAAGACCUUGGGACUUACUAUCCAUGAUGUCACACAAACUGACGCCGGGGAGUACAGCUGCGAUCUUGUCACAGACCUCUCCAAGUCCAAGGUCACUGUUAGAGAUAUCCACAUUGGGAUCACCAAGCGUGUUAAAUCUGUAGAGGCCAAAGCAGGUGAAAACUGCACAUUUGAGUGUAUCUUGUCCCGAGAAAGUUCAGAGAUGUGCACCUGGAGCGUAAAAGGCCAACCUGUCACUGAUGGAGGCCGUUUCCAGAUAAGCAGCAAAGGGCGCAAGUAUACCUUAACAAUCAAAGCUGUCUCAGCUUUUGAUUCUGGUGAGGUGGUCUUCACUCUUAAGGAUUUGAGCUCAAAGGCAACACUUACUGUUGAGGGUGAAGCUCCUACCAUAUCAAAAGAGCUUCAAGGUGUCAGUGCCAAAAUUGGUGAAGAUGCCACAUUCUCCUGUGAGCUUUCUCAAUCUGGACUGGAAGUGAAGUGGUCAAAGGAUGGCAAGUCUAUUAGAAAAAGCCAGAAAUAUGAAAUCAGUCAGGAGCAGAUGCUCGUAAAGCUGACAAUCCGCAACGUCACUGAAAAAGAUUCUGGAGAAUACAGCUGUGAGGUCACCGGUGGUCCAACCUCCAAGGCUAAGCUGGAGAUCAAAGAACUAGCCAACAAAUUCAUUCAUGAGCUAAAGGAUGCCACUGCUGAAGAGAAGAGUGCUGUCUCCUUUGAAUGUGAGACAGCCCAACCUGCCUCUAAAGUCACCUGGCUGAAAGGAACAAAGGAGAUCAGGACUGGAGGAAGGUAUGAGCUUAUGCAAAAGGGAACUGUCCUCAUCCUUAAAGUGAAGGAUCUGGAGAAGAGUGACAGCGAGGUAUACAGCUGUGACAUUGGCUCUACGAAGAGUUCAGCGAAACUGACAGUGAAAGUGGUACCUGCUAGGUUUAAGGGUCAGAUGAAGAACCAGCAAGUUACUGACGGUGGGAAAGUCUUACUUUCCUGUGAGCUCUCAAAACCCGGAAGCCAAGUGCAAUGGAAGAAGGGAACUGAAAGUCUGAAAAAUGGGGGAAGAUAUCAGAUAAUGCAGAGGGACACCAUGUGCGAGCUACAGAUUUCAGACUUGGUGCCAGAGGACAGUGGAGAAUAUUCCUGUUAUUGUGGAAAUGAAAAAACAACAGCCAAUGUUGUUGUCAGUGCAUUACCAGUGGUCUUCAAACGUGAGCUAGAAAGCCAAGAGUGUGACGAAGGAGACAGUGUUUCUCUUCACUGUGAACUCUCAAAGCGUGGAGUUCCUGUUGUUUGGAAGAAAGGAACGCAGGUGCUGCAAUCUGGGGAAAAGUACCUCAUCAUGCAAGAUGGGACUACAGUUGAGAUGAAGAUUAAUGACCUCAGACCUGAAGAUGCUGGACAAUACACAUGUGUGUGUGGGGACAAAAAGACUACAGCAAACAUUAAAAUCAAGGCAUUGAUCUUCAAAAGAGAACUACAAAACCAGGAGUGUCAAGAGGCGGACAGUGUUACUCUUCAGUGUGAGCUUUCCAAGCCAGGAGUGCCUGUGGUUUGGAGGAAAGGAACACAAGUGAUCCACUCUGGAGAGAAAUACCACAUAAAGCAAGUUGGUUCUGUUUUUGAACUGAAGAUCCCCGAUGUCAAACCUGAAGAUGCUGGAGUUUAUAGUUGUGAUUGUGGGUUUAGCAAAACCUCAUCUACCAUUACCGUCAAUGCACUACCAGUGGUCUUCACACAUGAGCUGCAAAACCUGGAGUGUGAUGAAGGAGGUAGUUCUACUCUGUCCUGCGAGCUUUCCAAACCUGGUGUCCCUGUGCAGUGGAAAAAAGGAAGCCAUGUUAUUCAGUCUGGAGGAAAGUACGAAAUCAGGCAAAUUGCCUCAAAGGUGGAGCUGAAGAUCACAGAUUUCAAACCUGAAGAUGAAGGAGACUACACAUGUGUAUGUGGAGACAAGGCAACAACAGCCCAUGUUAAGAUCAAGGUUCUGAAGGCACAGACACCCUUAUACCAACCAGGAAUUCAAAAGCAGACUACUGAGCAGGAGGCAUCAGUCGAUGCUCUAAAGUUCCUCCGUCCAUCUGCUGCCCUUGAAUCAGACUUCCAGAAGCAGAAGAAAGAGAAACAGGCAGAGCUCAGUGCUCUCCCAAUUCAGUUUACGGAAGUACUGCUUAACCAAGCAUGUGAUGAAGGUGGCACUGUUAUUCUGCGCUGUGAACUCUCAAAACCUGGAGUUCCUGUGAUUUGGAGGAAAGGAACACGGGUGAUCCAUACUGGUGGAAAGUACGUCAUCAGACAAGUUGGGACUACGGUUGAGUUAAAAAUCAUUGAUGUUAAACUUGAAGAUACUGGAGACUAUGCUUGUGAUUGUGGAGACAACAUCACCACUGCUAACAUCAAAGUCAAUGCAUUACCGGUGGUCUUCAAGCGUGAGCUACAGAACCAAAAUCUUCAAGAAGGGGAUAGUGUUACUUUGCGCUGUGAACUCUCAAAACCUGGAGUUCCUGUGGUUUGGAGAAAAGGAACCGAGGUCAUCAGUUCUGGAGAAAAGUACAUCAUCAAGCAAGUUAGCUCUUCUGUUGAGUUGAAGAUCAUUGAUGUUAAACCUGAAGAUGCUGGAGAUUAUGCUUGUGAUUGUGGAGAUAACAUCUGCACUGCUAACAUCAAAGUCAAUGCAUUACCAGUGGUCUUCAAACGUGAGCUACAGAACCAAGAAAUUAAAGAAGGCGAUAGUGUCACUUUGCACUGUGAAAUCUCAAAACCUGAUGUUCCUGUGGUUUGGAGGAAAGGAACACAGAAUAUCAAUUCUGGAGGAAAGUACCUCAUCAAGCAAGUUGGCUCUACUGUUGAACUGAAGAUCACUGAUAUCAAACCUGAAGAUGCUGGAGAUUAUGUUUGUGAUUGCGAAGACAGCAUGACAGCUGCCAACGUCAAGGUUAACGCUCUUCCAGCCACCUUCACACAAGAGCUAAAAAACCAGACAGCUAUUGAAGGAGAUAGCAUCAUCUUCCAGUGUGAGCUUUCCAAACUUGGAGUUCCUGUUGUUUGGAGGAAAGGGUUGCAGUUGAUCCAUUCUGGAGAAAAGUACCUCAUCAGGCAAUUUGGCUCUACUGUUGAGCUGAAGAUCACUGAUGUUAAACCUGAAGAUGCUGGAGACUAUGCUUGUGACUGUGGAGACAGCAUUACCACAGCCAAUUUCAAAGUUAAUGCACUUCCAGCCAUUUUCACACAAACACUAAAGAACCAGGCAGCUGUUGAGGGAGAGAGCAUCAGCUUCCAGUGUGAGCUCUCCAAAGCAAACAUUCCAGUUGAGUGGCGCAGGGGUGAAAUUGGCCUUUGCCCCUGUGCUAAAUAUGAAUUAAAGCAAGAUGGCCACCGUGCCCAACUGGUCAUACAUGACCUUGAUUGUGAGGACUCUGGUGACUAUAUUUGUGACACUGGAGAUUGCCAAAGCAGUGCACAUCUGAAAGUUAAGGCACUGCCAGUUCUUUUCAAAUCAUCUCUGAAAGAUCUAGAAAGUGAAGCUGGGGAAAAUGCAGUGUUUCGAUGUGAGCUUGACAAAGCUGGAGCCAAAGUCAUCUGGAGGAAAGACAAGAGUGUAAUAGAAACAAGCAACAAAUAUCAGCUGAAGCAAGAUGGGGCUGUUGCUGAGCUUCUCAUUUACAAGAUACAAGAAGGAGACGCUGGAGAGUACUGCUGUGAAACAGAACAUGAUCGGACAUCUGCCAAACUCACUGUGAAGGAACCUGAAAUCACAAUCUUAACUGGCUUGAAGAGCUGCAUUGUCAAUGAAGGUGAGGACGUUCAUUUCGAAUGCCUUGUCUCUCAUGACAAUGCACUCAUUGUUCAAUGGACGCUGCAAGACGUUCCACUACAGAACAAUGAGAUGAAUGAAAUCCUAAUGGAAGGCAAAAGGCACACACUUACACUAAGAAGUGUCACUCAGAAAGACUCAGGCACGGUGUCCUUCCAUGUGGGUGCACACACUUCUUUUUCCUGUCUUACAGUCAGAGCAGUCCCUGUGAUGUCGUUUGUGAAGGAGUUAACAAGCCAGGAAAUCACAGAGGGAGGCAGUGCCUCAUUAUGUUGCGAAACUUCAAUACCUGAUGCCAGUGUGACCUGGAAGAAGGGUACUCAGGUCCUAUCUGAUGGAAAGAAGUAUUCCAUAAAGAGUGAUGGCACAAUCCAAACCUUGGAAAUCCAUAAGCUAUCAGUGGAUGAUGGUGGGGAGUACAUAUGUGAAGCAGGAGACAAAAGAAGCAAAGCUACAUUGACUGUCAAAGAAUGUGUAAAAAUCACAAGAGAAUUAAAGGAUGUGACAGUGAUAACGGGCGAGGAUGCUAUCUUCCUGUGUGAGGUGUCUCAUACCGGGGUUACGAAUGUCGAGUGGUGGCUCGGCUCCAACCACCUUCAAAACAAUGACUUGAAUCAAAUCAGCUGCCGAGGGAGGGAACACAGCCUAGUGCUGAAAAUGGUCACACCCGAUGACUCAGGUGAUGUUGCCUUUGUGGUUGGCCCUGAGAAGAGCGUCGCCUACUUGUUGGUGCAGGAGAAACCCAAAGUCAUAUUCUUAGAGAAGCCUCUGGACUUAACUGCCAAAGAGGGUCAAACAGUCACACUGUCCUGCAUGACUUCUGACCCUGAGGCCUCUGUCACCUGGUACAAAGAUGAAGUGAUGAUAAAGGCAGGGGGGCAGUAUCUGCUUUACAAGGACAGAGCUGUCCAUCAGCUCCGCAUCCUUAGAGUGGAGGAAGGAGAUGCAGGGUUGUAUACAUGCAAAACCAAAGAUGCAGAGAGCUGUGCCACCCUUACUGUUAAAGGUCAACCUGCAUACUUCCGGAAGGAGUUAGACAACCAGAAUGCAAUAGAGGGAGAAAGUAUCACCUUGCGCUGUGAGCUUUCUAAGCCAGUUAAAAGUGUAGAGUGGAGAAAGGGUGGAGUGGUGCUCCAACCCAGUAAGAAAUUUGAAAUGAAAAAGGAAGGGUGUGUGCUGGAGCUCCAUGUCCAUGAUCUGGAACCAGAGGACAAUGGCUACUACACUUGUGAUGCUGGAGACCAGUUGACCACAGCAUCAGUCACAGUACAAGAGGCUGAGGUUCUCAUAGUGUCGGGUAUAAAGAAUACAGAUGUGUUUGUGGGCGAACAGGCAAUUUUCUCCUGCCAGCUCUCUCGCCGUGCCAAAGGCAGAGUUCAGUGGUGGCUAGACGGCACUCGUUUGGAGAACAGUACCUUCAGUGAAAUGAGUGUGGGUGAAGACCAUGUCCACACUCUCACCCUAAGGAACCUUUCUCCCAAUGAUUCGGGUACAGUCCUGUUCAAAACAGGUGGCCUGACAUCCUCCGCCAAGCUGUUAGUGAAAGAUCCCAAUGUGGAGGUGGUCAGUGCCAUGGAGGACCAACAUGUAGCAGAAAACCAGCCAGCAGAGUUCAUCUGUCAGUACUCCCGGCCAGUCAAGGCCGUAUGGAAGCGAAACGGCAUACCUGUGCAAGCAGACGGUCGCAGGGUGAUAGUGGAACAGGACUGGACUGUUGCUCGGUUGUACAUUAGCUGUGCAGAGCCCCAGGAUGGGGGAAUGUACUCCUGUGAGGCAGAAGGAACCUCUGUCGUGGCACAUCUCAGGGUGCAAGCUAAACCAAUUGACAUUCUUCAAGAGCUGAGUAACGUGGAGACCAUUAAUGGUGGGGAAGCACUUUUUGAAUGCUCCUUGUCUCGUCCUGAAACCAAGGAUUGCCAGUGGUUAAUCGAUGGCAAGCCUGUAAAGGAGUCCGCAAACGUUGAGAUUGUUUCCUUUGAGAGUGGUAGACGCCAUCUUCUGCUUUUAAAGGACUUGCAUCCUUGUGAAAACACAAGGGUUACAUUCCAAGCCGGCACUUCAUCAACUACUGCUCUUCUGUCUGUCAAAACUUGGCAACUGGAGGUGGUCAAGCCUUUGGAAAAUAAGACUGCCAUUGCAGGAGAACAAGUUGAGUUCACUUGUGUUUUGAAUGAAGCUGUGCCUGAGAGUGAAGUGACUUGGUAUGCAAAUGGUGUUGAGCUAAAAUGUAAUGACCAAUGGGCCAUGAGAGCAAGUGGCUCUUCCUACAGCUUAAUUUUGAAGAAAGCCCAGGCUCAGCCCACACAGGAAAUAACAUUUGCAGCCCGGGAUGCCUUAUCAAUGGCCAAACUCAUCACAAUAUCUGUGCCUGAUCCCCCUGAAGACCCAGAGCUGGUUAGUAAAGGUCCAACAUUUGUCACCUUGUCUUGGUUCACGCCCCUUAGUGAUGGAGGAAGUCCAAUCACUGGUUACCGUGUGGAAAUGCGUCUAGUAGACAGUGCCCUCUGGCUGCCCUGCCACACAGAACCGGUAUGCAACACUGAAUUUCUGGUUGAAAACCUCAUACCUGGGGCAGGUUACAGGUUCAGAGUGGCAGCCAUCAACCGUGCUGGUAUUGGAGAGCCUGUUCAGCUGCCUCAAACUGUGACACUUGAUGCACCAGUGACCAUGACCAAAAUGUUAAGCAGCUCUAAGAUCCAAAAAGGAAAAAUGCUUCGUUUGGCGUGUGAACUUUCUACAGAGAGCAAAUCAGUCACAUGGCUAAAGGACAACAGAGAGAUAGAGUUUGGGGUCAAGUACCAAAUGGUAACAGAAGGAAAGAGCCAAGUUUUGCUCAUAAAGGAUUUCCAGUCUACAGAUCAGGGUGUCUAUUCUUGUGUAGCCUCAGAAGAGGCAAAGACUUCAAUCAACCUCAACCUCGAAGGAGAUGACACAACCCUUUCUCAGGAUGCAGGCAGCCAGCCCAAACUGCCUCCUGAGGCGGCUUCUGAGGGCGAUUUACAUGCUCUAUGGGAUGCAGUGGCCAAGAAGAGGAGAAUGAGUCGGGAACCCACGUUAGAUUCAAUUUCAGAGUUGCCAGAAGAAGAUGGAAAAGAAAAAGCCCAGAGCAAAGAGGGAAAAGUACCUGAAAAGGAAGUGAGACCUGUUGAACCAACUCCUAAUAUCACAGGGGAGCCUAAUCUUUAUACAAGUUCUGAUGAGGAAUCUCUCAGUGGGACAACAAGCUUGGUGUCUUACCUAAAGAAAAGCAGCAAGUCCUCUAUGACUGUGGAAAGUCACACUGAGACUAUUGCCUCCAAGAAACUGUAUGAGCACUUCCAGAUGACAGAGCAAUCUGUUACAAAGACAUCUGUGGAACCUGUCAUGGAAGCUCCGAAAGGGGAUGAGUUGCUAGAGGCUGCUGUCAAGAUUCAGGCAGCCUUUAAAGGUUAUAAAGCCAGGAAGGACAUGCGACCAGUCUUCAAAGAAUUAUUUAAGGAUCAGUCUAAGGAGCACAAUGGGACAAUUCAUCUCGAGUGCAUUGUGGAGGGUAAGCCGGAUAAAGUUCGCUGGCUGAAAGAUGGUGAACCCUUAACAGAUGGCAAGCACCACCAUAUUGACAUCUAUAAUGAUGGCACCUGCUCUCUAGUAGUGACAGCUGCCACAACCAAAGACACAGGUGUAUAUACUUGUGAAGUAACCAAUAAGUUUGGUAUUUCCACCCAUAGUGGCAAAGUCACUGUCGGGUCACUGCGGGAAUCUUCUGGGCGACGCCCCCUCACUCUGGGCUACAGUGCAGAUAGCGAAGCUGAGAGCUCCUCAGGGAGUGAAAUGGAUGAGACUUUACGGCAAGCAAGCAAACGAUUACGGCGACUUCUUCGUACUUGUCUCCCUCCAGAUGUGGAAGAGGAAACGUUUGUUAGUGCAGAUGAAGGAGAUUUACCACCAACAGACUUAAAGUCUUACCGGGAAGAUGAUCAGUAUAUCUACAUACGUUUUGAUAAUCGUGCAGAAGCUCAAGUAGCUUCCCAGCGCUUCCAGGAAAUGUUUACUUAUCAAGGAGUGCCAAUCGAAACAGCCAUCAUAGCAGUGGCAGGUGCUAAGGUAGAGCUGCGUAUCACAAAGAUGGGUUUCUCCCAAGAUGGCUCCCAAACCCCAACUCAGGACCGACCGAUGCCUGCUUUCAUGACAGGAGCCCCUGCGGCACCCGUCUUCUUGACGGAGCUCCGUAGCCAAGAUGUUCCUGAUGGGUUUCCAGUCAGUUUUGACUGUGUAAUUGUUGGCAAUCCUUCUCCCACUGUGAGAUGGUUCAAGGAUGGAAAGAUAUUGGAGGAAAGCGACCACUACAUGAUCAAUGAAGACCAGGAAGGCCAUCACCAGCUGAUCAUCACAGCUGUGCUGCCCACAGACAUGGGCGUGUACCGAUGCAUGGCUGAAAAUGACAGUGGCAUCGCCUCCAGCAAGGCUGAGCUGAGGGUGGACAUGUCUUGCAGCUCAGACUAUGACACAGCAGCCGAUGCCACAGAGACAUCUUCCUAUGUCAGUGCUAAAGGUUAUGUGUCUAGCUCAGAGCACAGGGACACAGAGGCUUUUGAGUCGGUGGCAGAGGAUGAGCAGCUUCCUCAAGUUGUGGAUGAGUUACAUGAUUUAUUCCUCAGUCCCGGAGCACCCAUUGCCAAAAUGAGUUUCAGGGUUAAAGGAUUUCCUACACCAAGGGUUUACUGGUUUAAGGAUGGCACCCCACUCCAAGCCUCCAGCAGAAUUGUAUUGUCAAGCGAGCGAGAUCAGCACAGUCUUGAGAUUUUAGAUGUUAAGCACGAGGACACUGGAGAAUACUCAGCAUACAUUAGCAAUAUAGCUGGCUCUGCCUACUCUUCGGCACGUCUGAAUGUACAGGCUCCUGGAGAGCACCCCGCACCUGAACAAGGACGAAUGAGAGAUUCAAAGGUGCCACUUGUACCACCACGCUUCCUGGAGAGGUUCAGCAACAAGAAGGUGAAACAGGGAGCAAGUAUAACGCUGUCAGUCAAAGUGGAAGGCUCCCCAACCCCAUCUGUAAACUGGUUAAAGGAAGUGUCAGAUAAGGAUGUUCUGUGGAUAAAGGCAGACACACCAGGUUACAAGGUGGCCAGCUCUGGCCGUCAACAUAGUCUCAUUCUCAUGGAAGUGGAAACAAAACAUGGCGGCAUGUACACUUGCAUUGCCACCAACCAUGCUGGACAAUCAGUUAACACAGCCCGAUUGGAUGUGGAGACAGCACCAGAACAAAAGAAAGUGGGGCCAGAGGUUCUGGGAAUUACUGUCAGCCCACCGGAGGAAGAGGGCAAAGGAGAGAUCAAACUACCUUCCUUGGGUGAAGUGGGUACAGAGGAGUUCUUACAAAAACUCACAACCCAAAUCACAGAAAUGGUAUCUGCCAGGAUUACUCAAGACAGCUUACAGAACCAUCAAGUGCUCCAGUGGAUGAAAUCUUGGCCCAAAGUAACCACUUCAUUGCGUGUCCCAGGAGCUGACAGCGAUGAUGAAACAAAAACACCAUCCCCAUCUCCAUAUCACGGCCGAUCACGGCCUCCAUCUCUGAUCGCAGACUCAUCAUCUGAGUCAGAUGAAGGAGAUGCCCGAGGAGAGAUGUUUGAUAUUUAUGUGGUGACCGCUGACUACAACCCCAUGGGGGUCAGUAAAGAUGCCAUCGCUCUGAAAGAGGGCCAGUAUGUGGAGGUUCUGGACUCUGCCCACCCACUUAAAUGGCUGGUCCGCACCAAGCCUACCAAAUCCAAUCCAUCUCGCCAAGGAUGGGUCUCACCUGCGUAUCUUGACAAAAGACUGAAGCUGUCUGCAGAUGUUGCAGACCUCCCAGAGACCACCAGAGAAGAAGUCACAGAGACAGAGUACAAGAAGAAACUCUGUCAACUCGUCCAGGAGCUGAUUAGCACAGAAACUGAGUUCCUGAAGGAGAUGGAGUUCUUCACAUCACACCAUCUGAAGCGUGUGGAAGAAGAGAGCACACCAUCUGAAAUCACCAGUCAGAAGGAGACCAUCUUCCGUAAUAUCAAUGAUUUGAAAUCCUUCCACAGCAGUUCUUUGCUGCCUGGUCUGCGUGACUGUGAAACAGAUGAUGACAUUGCCAUGCAUUUCCUGAGAAACUCUGAAGGGUUUGAGAAGUAUUUGCAAUACCUCAUUGGACAAUUGCAAGCUGAGUCCGUCAUCAGUGAGAAAGAAGUGCACCAAUAUUUCAAGGAGUAUACAGUCUCAGAGUUGGCAAAUGUUGACCCCUCAGAGGGUCCAGUGCUCAGCAUCAACGCUUACCUUCAGAGACCACCAGAGAGAAUUCAGAAGUACAGAGCUUUACUGAAGGAAUUGAUCCGGAACAAGGCGAGGAAUGGUCAAAACUGCUGUUUGUUGGAGCAGGCCUAUGCCAUGGUGUCGUCCCUCUCCCAGCGUUCAGAAAACACACAUCAUGUCUCUCUCAUAGAGAACUACCCCGCCAAUCUGGAGGCGCUGGGAGAACCUAUUAGACAGGGACCCUUCACUGUUUGGGAAGGAGCUCCUGGAAUUCGAACAUCUUCCAGAGGUCACCACCGCCACGUUUUCCUCUUCAAAAACCAUGUGGUCAUCUGCAAACAGAAGAGAGACACGAACACAGACACCCAAGCAUAUGUGUUCAAGAAUAUGAUGAAGCUUACUAACAUCGAUGUGAACGAGACGGUAGAGGGUGAUGAAAGAGCGUUUGAGAUCUGGCAUGAGCGCGAGGACUCCGUGAGAAAAUACACGUUGCAGGCACGGACUGUUAUCAUCAAGAACUCUUGGCUACGUGACCUCCGUGACCUUCAGCAGCGCCACAGCAUGCCAGCAUGGAGCACUCCAGAUUUUGACGCGGUGUUGACAGACUGCACAGCAGAGCUCGGACAGACAGUAAAGCUUGCAUGCAAGGUCACUGGUGCUCCCAAGCCACAGGUCACCUGGUACAAAGACGGGCAUGCCGUGGAAGCGAAUCCUCAUCACAUAAUCAUUGAGGACCCAGACGGCUCUUGCACACUCAUUUUGGACAACAUGACAGCAGAUGACUCAGGACAGUACAUGUGCUUCGCCACCAGCUCUGCGGGCAACGCCAGCACACUAGGCAAAAUCACUGUGCAGGUACCUCCACGUUUUGUGAAUAAGAUCCGGAAUGCCACCCUAUAUCCAGGAGAAGAUGCUCAAUUCACCUGCACCAUCCAGAGCGCACCAAGUCCCAAGAUAAGAUGGUUCAAGGAUGGUAAACUACUGACAGACCUGGAGAAGUUUCAAACAUACAGUGAACCGCGCAGUGGAGUGUUGGUUCUAGUUAUUAAGAACCCUGGAGAACGAGACCUUGGACACUAUGAGUGUGAGCUGUCGAACCGUCUGGGCAGUGCCAGGUGUGCGGCUCAGCUGAUCACUCCUGCUGUGGCAAUGGCACGAGAACAUAGAGCAGAUCAGGCCAUCAGUAUAGAAGUAAUGGAGCAAGAGACGAAAAUACCGAAGAAAACCAUAAUUAUUGAGGAGACCAUCACCACAGUGGUGAAGAACACCCGUAUGAAACGGCACGCAUCCCCACGACCAUCGUCCAUGGGAGCUCACCGCUCAGAAACAUCCACACCUGAACCGCCCAGACAGAGACGAACCCUGGCCAGGAAGACCGUACCAACACUGUACGUUCCUGAGCCGGAGGGUGCCACGGCCAGGAACCCAAGAUGGGUAGAAGUCGAAGAGAUAAUAGAGUAUAAAGUGAACAAAUCACCCAAGAUACCAAGAAGAAGAGUCGUUUCCCCCAGCAAGAUCUCACCACCUGGCAAUCCAAACACUAAUAACUCCAACAACAAGUUACUCGAGGAGGCAAUGGGUGUCGCAAUGGCUCUGCAAGGUUCUUCUGGUACGGAUGAAGAGGAACUUCCACAGAAUGUGCCUGAAGUACCUUCAGAGGUCGACCAUAUGACAACAUACUCAGGAGAAAUUGAUGACCCAUGUGUCUCUGAUGGAGAUGAUGAAGGAACUAUUGUCGUGGAAGCCGAAGAUGAUGAAAUUGAUGCUGGAGACCGCAAAAUGCUGACUGAUGGAAAUCGAGUUCUUAAUCUUGAAGAUCUCGAGGACUACAUUCCUCAGGAAGGGGAAACAUUUGGCAGUGGUACAGACCAUCAUGUCCUCGACGAGAAACCAUGUGAGAUCUCGGUGUUGCAGAGAGAAAUUAACGAGCCUGUCAUUGGUAAACCCAUUGUUUUGAACGUGGUACGUCCGGUGCCACCAGCAAAGCCUCGCAUGGGUUUCUUUGGGUCCUUCAAGGAGCACAUCUCCAGCAUGUUUAGUCCAGGUUCAUCGGCGAGCGGCAGCUCUCAGGCAAGGCGAGAGAAGACAAUACCUAUUCUUGUGACGGGACAACCUUCAUCCAGCUACUCAUUCCAUACCAGUAGCUUUGCGAGACUUGAAGUCCAGCCGACGUACUGCUCCGAGGUCCAGAGAGGAAAGGAAGGAGGUCUGCAGAGCUUCAAAACGCAGGUUUCCGCACAAACCCGCAGCUACACGCCAACCGGACAGAUCACUCUUAAGAUCAACAAGAAGAAGCCAUUAGAGAAGCAGUAACCGAGAGGAAACCGCUUGUUUCCAGCAUGCAAUAUCAGGAACAUACAAGUAGGCCUAGUCUUAAAUGGGAACACUUCUGUAAAAUCUUGCAGUCUGGGAGUGCAGUUCAAUAGUGAAGCUUCUUCUAACAGCAGAUCAUUCCAUUUUGAAGCAAAGGAUUUGCUUGCCAAACUCAAUUACCUAAAGAAGACUUACUCAUUUCUCGAGUUCCCGUGAGCAAAUGUGCAGCUGUGCUUCAGAACGGCAGGUCUGAUACAACAUGAAUAUGCAAAUAUUGACAGUAAAGCAGUUUUUCGUCUAAAACAGGGGUGUCCAAUCCUGACCCUGGAGGACCAACAUCCUGCAGAGUUUAGCUUCAACCAGCUCCAACACAGUUGCCUGGAAGUUUCCAGUAAGUCUGAAGACCUUAAAUAUCAGGUUCAGGUGUGUUUAAUUAGGGUUGGAGCUAAACUUUGCAGGACAAGUGUCCCUUCAGGAACAUAUUUGGACACCGCUGGUCUAAAACAGAAGUUCUCAACUCUGGCCCACGAGGUCCACCUUUAACUCUAACCUUGAUCAAACUCACCUUUCUGUAACUUUCUAGUAAGUCCUUGAUUAGUUUGUUCAGGUGUGUUCGAUUUGAGUAGGACAUAAACACUGUAGUAAAUUGAACCUUCUGAGAAUCCCUGUACUAAGAAACAUGUGUCUGUAUAUGUCAAGAAAUCCAAAUUUUGACUCCAAAAAUAAGAUUUUAUCUGAAUUUAUGUGCUGUAUGGAAUUAAUACCUCAGCAAUACAUAGAUAUAUAUAUAUAUAUAUAUAUAUUUGUGUGUUUUUCAACAUCUAAAAGCCAGAUCAACUUUUUCUGUCAAGUUAAUUGCAUGAGUUGUUCUUUGGAGUAAUACACUGUGGCUUGUUGAAUCUGAGGUCUAUGUUUAUGUAUCAGAACUCCUGAAUAUGUCCUGCACUGAGGACUAUUCAAUGUGGUCAGCAAUGUGAAC